ACCAACAUCCCCUUCCUGCAGAACGUCUUCGCCAACCACCAGUUCCUGCACUCCACCGUGGACACCCAGUUCAUCGACGAGAACCAGGAGCUCUUCAACCUCAAGCCCACUCAGAACCGAGCCCAGAAGCUGCUGCACUACCUGGGUCAUGUGAUGGUGAACGGACCGACCACGCCCAUCCCAGUCAAGGCCAAGCCCUCCUCCACAGACCCGGUCAUUCCUCCGGUCACCAUGGGCGACCCUCCGGUAGGUUUCCGUGAUGUGUUGCUGCGCGAUGGUCCCGAGGGAUUCGCCAAGGCUGUUCGUGCCCACCAAGGCCUGUUGCUAAUGGAUACCACGUUCAGGGAUGCUCACCAGUCGCUCCUGGCGACCAGAGUUCGGACCCAUGACCUGAAGAAGAUCUCGCCAUUCGUCAGCCACAACUUCAGCAACCUUUUCAGCCUGGAGAACUGGGGGGGUGCUACCUUCGACGUGGCCAUGCGAUUCCUCUCGGAGUGUCCAUGGAAGAGACUCCAGGAGCUGAGAGCUUUGAUCCCAAAUGUCCCCUUCCAGAUGCUGCUGAGAGGAGCCAACGCUGUGGGCUACACUAACUACCCUGACAAUGCUGUCUUUAAGUUCUGCGAGGUGGCCAAGGAGAACGGCAUGGACAUCUUCCGCGUGUUCGAUUCCCUCAACUACCUGCCCAACAUGCUGCUGGGUAUGGAGGCUGCAGGGGCGGCGGGCGGCGUCGUCGAGGCCGCCAUCUCGUACACGGGCGACGUCUCCGACCCGAUGAGGCAGAAGUACUCUCUGGACUACUACGUGAAGCUGGCGGAUGAGCUCGUCAAAGCUGGAACCCACAUCUUGUGCAUCAAGGACAUGGCUGGUCUGCUGAAGCCAGAGUCCAGCAAGCUUCUGAUCGGCGCUCUGAGAGACCGCUUCCCAGAUGUUCCCAUCCACGUGCACACCCACGACACAGCUGGAGCCGGCGUAGCCGCCAUGCUGGCUUGUGCCGGCGCUGGAGCUGACGUAGUCGACGUGGCGGUUGACUCUAUGGCGGGAAUGACCUCUCAACCCAGCAUGGGAGCCAUGGUCGCCUGCGCCAAGGGGACCAAGCUUGACACGGGCAUUGCUCUGGAGAAGGUGUUUGACUACAGUGAAUAUUGGGAGGUAGCCAGAGGCCUGUACGCUCCAUUUGACUGCACCGCUACCAUGAAAUCUGGCAACGCUGAUGUCUACGAGAACGAGAUACCUGGAGGACAGUACACCAACCUUCACUUCCAGGCUCACAGUAUGGGACUGGGAAAUAAGUUCAAGGAGGUGAAGAAGGCAUACGCUGAAGCCAAUAAACUACUAGGAGACCUCAUUAAGGUGACUCCGUCUUCAAAGAUCGUGGGUGAUCUGGCCCAGUUCAUGGUGCAGAACAACCUGACCCGGGCAGAGGUGGAGGAGAGGGCAGACGAGCUGUCCUUCCCGCUGUCAGUGGUGGAGUUCCUGCAGGGUUACAUCGGGAUCCCACAUGGAGGCUUCCCCGAGCCGCUCAGGUCCAAGGUGCUGAAGGCCCUUCCACGCAUCGAAGGUCGUCCCGGCGCUUCCCUGCCACCUAUGGACUUCAAGGCUCUGGAGGAGGGGCUCCGGGCCUCACACGGGGAAGAGAUCACCCCCGAGGAUGUGAUGUCAGCAGCCAUGUACCCCAAGGUGUUCCAGGAGUUCAAGGAAUUCACCUCUAACUUUGGCCCAGUGGACUGUCUCAGCACCAGACUGUUCCUGGACGGACCCAAGAUUGCAGAAGAGUUUGAGGUACGCAACUAA